CACGUGGAGCCACUGGCUGUGAGCAUCGCGUGCUCCCAGGGUCCCCGGGCACAGGGCGCCACGCAUGGAGGAGCCGCCUCCUGCCCUCCCUGCAGACCCUGGGCUGCCGGUCCUGGUGCUGGGAGGGUGCAAUGGGCUUGUGCUGCUCCCGAGGCGUCCUGCCCCGCGCCCACGGCCCCUUCCCUCCCGCCUCAGGCCAUAAAUCAGCGUGGCUGUGGGUGCUGGCGCGCUCGCGGCCGCCCGCCUGUGCCCCCCGCCUCCGCGUAGGGUCUCUCUCCCCUGGCGCGUUAUCUGCCGCAGGGGUCCCACUUAUCUCCCCUGUCACUUUCUAAUGCUAGUUUAUGGUCAGCAUUUUGUAGCUUAAUUGUGAUGUUUUUCAGCACGGUCACGUGGCCGCAGAAACCAAUAAGGCACCGAAGUGGGUCCAUCCUGGUUGAGCCUGGCCCCCAUGGGGAGGAGAUUGGCUGGUGUCCUGCCUUGGGCGGCGUGUGCUCAGCCAGAGCCCCGACACCUUCCCAGCGGACAAGGGUCCCAUAAAUCCCCCAUCCCGCUGCGGACGGAGCAGUGGUGCCCAGCACCCCGUGGUGGCUCCUUGGUGGCAGCUCUCAACCAGAGGUGUGAGCAAGACUGUGCGGUCGCAGCAGGGCACGCAGCUGCCUCGGGCGCCCUGGAGGGGAUGGACUAUUCCUAUGAUGAGGACCUGGACGAGCUGUGUCCGGUCUGCGGGGACAAGGUCUCCGGGUACCACUACGGGCUGCUCACCUGCGAGAGCUGCAAGGGCUUCUUCAAGCGGACAGUGCAGAACAACAAGCACUACACCUGCACGGAGAGCCAGAACUGCAAGAUCGACAAGACCCAGCGCAAGCGCUGCCCCUACUGCCGCUUCCAGAAGUGCCUGACCGUGGGGAUGCGCCUGGAAGCUGUGCGUGCCGACCGGAUGCGCGGAGGGAGGAACAAGUUUGGACCCAUGUACAAGCGGGACCGUGCCUUAAAGCAGCAGAAGAAAGCUCUGAUCCGUGCCAACGGCUUCAAGCUGGAGACCGUGCCUCAGAUCAUGUCCCCAGUGCAGCACGACUACAGUCUGUCCUCCACCAUCCACAGCAUCCACACCAUGUCCAAGACCUUGCCACCCAACUCUGCCGCCCUGACGCCCAUCGACUACGAGCGCAGCCCCUACGGGACACCCUCUCUGGGAAUGACUGUGCCCAGCCACACGCCGCUUGCCGGCUACCACUACCCUUCCUUCCCCAACCGCACCAUCAAGUCCGAGUACCCGGACCACUACACAAACACACACGAGUCCAUGCCUGCCUACGUGUACCCAGAGACCUACCCCAGCAGCUCCCCUCCCGACAUCCCCGAGGUCAUCCUGAAGCUGCUGCAGCUGGAGCCCGACGAGGCCCAGGUGAAGGCACGGAUUCUGGCCUGCCUGCAGCAAGAGCAAGGCAAAGGUCGGCAUGAGAAGCUCAGCACCUUUGGCCUCAUGUGCAAGAUGGCUGAUCAGACUCUCUUCGCCAUCGUGGAGUGGGCGCGGAGCUGCAUCUUCUUCAAGGAGCUGGAGGUGGGCGACCAGAUGAAGUUGCUGCAGAACUGCUGGAGCGAGCUGCUAGUGUUCGACCACGUCUACCGGCAGCUGCAGCACGGCAAGGAGCACAGCGUGCUGCUCGUCACCGGCCAGGAGGUGGACAUGUCGACUGUCGCAGCGCAGGCUGGCUCCAUCCUGAACACGUUGGUGCUGCGGGCGCAGGAGCUCGUCCUGCACUUGCACUCGCUCCAAGUGGACCGGCAGGAGUUUGUCUGCCUGAAGUUCCUCAUCCUCUUCAGCCUUGAUGUGAAGUACCUGGAGAACCACUCUCUGGCUAAGGACGCUCAGGAGAAGGCCAACGCGGCACUGCUGGAGUACACGGUGUGCCACUACCCUCACUCCACGGACAAGUUCCGGCAGCUGCUGCUGCGGCUGGCGGAGGUCCGAGCGCUGAGCAUGCAGGCAGAGGAGUACCUGUACCACAAGCACCUGAGCGGGGAGGUGCCCUGCAACAACCUCCUCAUCGAGAUGCUGCACGCCAAGCGGACUUGAGCGUGGCCGCCAGCACAGACCUGUCGGAGCCGCGGUGCUGCCAGCAGCGCAGCAGGGGCAGGAUGUGCGCCCGGGCUGGCCGGCCGGCGCUGCGUCUCCACCCCGCCUUUCUCAGUGAUGCUAUUUAACCUGUACUAUUGGAAAAGUCCCAGAUGGUUUAUUUUAGUACACAGUAAGGAUGGUUGCUGGCUGUGGGGCUGUGGGCUCGGCUGCCAGCCUGCCCCAUCGGCAGCGCUGCCCCCAGCUUCUCUGCACCUGGGGUGCCUGACCUGUCGCCUGCCCGACACAGCUCUGCACCAAGAAGGAAGGGCAAAACCUGUCUGGGCUCUGCUCCUAUUUAUGCUCCUCUCCUGCUGUCCCUACCUCCCAUUUCUCCACCACUGCCAUCCUUCUCCCAACCCUGCUGCAUGUCUCAGGGCCCCUCGUGCACAGGGCAGGGGAGAGGCAAGGUGAAACCUCCUCCCGGGUUGUGGUUUCGCGGUGGUUGUGGUGUCGCCGGGCACCGGCAUAGAGGCAGAGGAGUUCUGCAGGAGCCGCGCAGAACCCAGGGGCCGAGGCUGGAGGGGUCAGCCCCACGCAGCCAAGCCGGGACCCCAAGGUGUGUGUGCUGGGGUCCUCACACGCAAGGGCAGGCAGGGAGGGCAGCGCUGAGCCCACCAUACACAUUCGUUUUCUCAGAGCUUGCCGGUGCUGGAGGCAGCAGCCGUGGCUUUGCAGCCCGUGGCAGCCACGGUGCCCAGAGCUCACAGGGCAGCACAUCUCUGCCGUGUCAAAGAUUUGCUGCAGAGGCUCUAAGACAUUCAGUACUGGGAGCAGGAACCAUCCCUGGGACAUUUUGGACCCGUGGCCCUGCCGCUGCCCCCUUGGUGCCAGCACAGCAACCCCGUGGCUGGAAAGCUUUGCGAGUCACAGUGCUCAGGUGGCAUCGGCUCCAUGACCCAAGCAUGGGAACAGGGUGGCCCCAGCACGGUGGCACCGGGCAGCACAGGUCCGGCCUCACUCCAGCCAUCAGCCAUGCCCGGGCAGCGCCUGGAGAACAGACCGGGACGGCAUGGGGCUGUGAUGGACCCUGUGCACGGGUGGCAGUGGCAGAGCAGCCGGGCAGGAGGGAGGUGCGGGUCCAGCUCAGCAGCAGGUCCAGGCUGCAAACAGCCCAGAGCUGCUCUCGCACCCAUGCGCUGGGGGCUGGGGGUGGCUGGGGAGCUUUGCAGCCCCUCCUGCAUUUACUUGCCUAAGUGUGUGGGUAAGGCAAAGAAUCAUCCUGUGCUUCACGCCGGGCUGUGUCCUCGGCCCCUCAGUCACAUUCUGCUGUGUCCUCAAGCAAACUGUGUUGAAGCCACAAGAGCAGAGCUAGGGGUUCCUCUGCCGUUGCGGGGCAGGGGCUCACAGGCUGGACUGGGCAGCACUGGGGGCUGUAGCCCCAGGAGCUGGGAGGUGCUGGGUUCUCUCUACUGCUUUCUCUCGGUCUCAGCCAUGCUCUCCUCUCCUGCAACCCCGCCACUGGGCAGCCCAGCUCAGCUCCCCCACCGCAGCCAGGCCACCGGCUCCCCUGGGCUCCUCCUGUGCGACUGGGGUUGCUUCAGGUCUGUUUUCCACGGCGGGCGUUUGCUCCUCAUUUCGAGGGGGCUGUUGUCCGUCACGGCUCUGCGCAGAGCUGGUGCCUUGAGGAGCUGCAGCCGCUGUGCCCGGAGCUGCAUGGAUUGUGGAAGCUUGUUAGAUGCAGAAGAGCAUGUCGGUCUGCUUUUCAACAUGUUUGUGCGUUUUCCUCCUCAAGUCUGUGGUUCGGUUUCACCUUCUUCUUUCUGUGAACUUAAAGAACUGGAGCAAAUGGUUUGGGAGGUAAAAGAUGUUUUAUUUUCAGAAAAUGAAAAGUGUCCUUAAGUGUCUCUCUUUCUCUGUCUCUCACAUCCUUUUCUCCCUCUCAUCCCUCCCCUUUCCCACUCCCCACCCUUCCU